AUGAAAAGAGAAACAGCCGCUGCAGAACAGAAUAGUAGCCAGAGUGAAUUAAAUCGAUUACUCCAGGAUGACUCCUUAAGGACCACAAAGCACAGAUCUUCUGCUGUACAUGAAGGCUACAUAAAUGAAGGAUUUGAAUACAGUGGAAUAAAUGAGAGAGAGAAUGAUAUAACACUUGAGAUGGGCUGCGUAAAUGAAAAGAAUACAUUACUAGAGGAGGAAGAGAAAAAGAGAAAAGAAUAUAUCCCAAGCAAUGGAAGUUGCAUUAAAAAGAGGGUAUUAAAUAUAGCAUAUAAAACUGUCCCAGCAGUACUUGUCUUCUCAAUGGUGUAUCUGGCUGAAAAGACUAGAAAUAAUCUGUCUGCUUGCUCCAAACAAAUAGAAACGACCAUGUCAUCAAUCCAAAAAAAGACGCAUUCUGAACAGGAUGCUUCAAAAAUGCACGAAUAA